AUGGCAAGCACGGACCUGGUUGUGUUCUUUCUGGCACUGAUGGUGGUGUGUCUGAGAUUGUGGCACACAGCCACAUCUCUCUCCAGGGACAUUACCACCACCAUCAGAGGAGACAUCCUACUGAAGAGUUUGCUAAGCAUUGCGAGCACGCCGCACACAGGAAACAUGAGGGUGAUGCGGCAGGUGCUCAGCAUGUACAUCAACAGGGUUAGGUUAGCUGCAAUGUGUCUCCAAGCAGAAGGUUGUAUAGCAGGAUGUCACGGUAUUUUACAAGCCAAUGUUACCACAGGGUUAAGCCUUGCGGAACGAACAGUUUCUGCCAGCUUGACUACCUCCUUUUGCUUGAUUUUACUAUUUCUCAAUGGGAUCAUGUUGUUCACUUUGAGUAACAGAUGUAUGUUUCGGGAGACAUCGCGCUACAUCCUGCUGUAUAACCUGUUGCUCGGGGACACGCUGCAACUGGUCGUCUCUCAACUGAUGUAUUGUUUGACCUCCUUUCGCAUCACCCUAACGUAUCCUGCGUGUGGUAUACUGGUCCUUCUCGGUAAUCUCUUCAGUAAGAUUUCUCCUUUGGUUCUGGUGGCUAUGUCGCUGGAGAGAUAUGUGGCUGUGUGCCACCCUCUCAGACACGCCUCCAUCAUGACCAGAGGGAACACAGUGAGGACCAUGCUUGGAAUGUGGACCGUAUGUUUUAUAAUUCUUCUGAUUCAAGACCUAUUAAUUUUGAUGUUUCCUUUUGAACAGCUGGAGAGUCUCCAAAUGACACAGCCAUGCAAUUCCAUCGCUAUGUCCCUCCUGCCAAUGACUGAAAUGUUCCAAAAUACCUACUCGGUUUUUGUGUUCUUUGUUGCAGGCCUGGCCAACAUUUCCAGCUACGUUGGCAUAGUCAUAGCAGCCAGAUCGGCAGCCACGGACAAAGUCUCUGCGCGUAAAGCAAAAAGCACAUUGCUGCUGCACCUGGUGCAGCUAAGCCUCAGCCUUUUGUCUGUGAUCUACCCCAACAUCCUCGUAAUUCUCUCAACUUUGUUGAACUGGGUAGCUUUUAACCAAAUACAGAUCUUUCUGUUUGUGUGCUUUUUCUUACUGCCCAGAUCUCUGAGCUCACUCGUCUAUGGGCUGAGAGAUCAAAGCCUCCGAAUUGAACUCCUCUAUCUAUUCUGCUGUCGCACCAAAGGGCCGGUCAAAGCUGUUGUGUCCUAAGAGCAUUAUUCUUUCCUUCUGCCGCUGCAUUCAAACCUUACAAACGCUACAGCUUUCAACUCCGAGAAACAUUUGGACUACAUGUAUAAGUUCUACCUUUUGUCAUCACAUUUAUUUGUCAUUAGUGUUCAUCGGCUGAAAACAGGGCGUGUCCGUACAAAUCUAUUGUAAUACGCAUAAAACAAACAGCUACAGAAUUUCAGCGAUGUCUGACACUGACUUGUGGGAGGAAAAAGGCUCUAGUGUGAUGUGAAAUGCUUAAUGUGACUCUAUUUUAUAUUUGUAAUGACAUGUUUUCAAACUAGUUUGUUCUCAUGUAUACUUAGAAUUGCUGACUUGAAGAAUUACACGUGUUAGUCUACAAGGUGUACAUUUAUUGUGAUUUUAUGA